AUGGUCCGGUACAGUAUGCGACCCAUUCCCGGCCCGAUUGGACAACUGGCCAAACUGCAUGUGACUGUCAGCACAGACGGUAUAAUCUACACACAACAAAAUCAAUUGGACCGUGAACAGACUCCUGUACUAAGUUUUGAAGUUGUGGCCACUGAUGGUGGUCGACCGCCAAUGUCCGCAUUUGCCAAUGUUCUUAUUCGUGUACUGGAUGCCAAUGAUAACAGUCCUGUUUGGUUAUUCCCAAAACAGUAUGGAUCGAGAACUACAGUGAAUAUAUCACAACAAGCCACGGUUGGGUUUCAGUUGGCUCAACUGAAAGCUAUUGAUUUGGAUGAUGGUGCCAAUGGCGAGGUGACGUAUUCCAUUCUCCAUGGGAAUGAAGAUGGUUACUUUGAAGUGGAUCCACUUAAUGGUGCAUUAUAUUUGGCUAAAUCACUUCAUCGUUUCUUGCAAAACGACACCAAAGCACUUGUUUCGAGUACCUCUCUACACCAGGAUAAUCGAACUCGAGGCUCAGAGGAGAAUAGGCGAGUACAAGCAAGAGGAGAUACUUUGGGAGGUAUUAAGAAACCGUUCUAUCAACACAGACUGGUGCUCAAAGCUUCCGAUAGGGGCCAACCUCCGAGAUUCAAUACGACAGUACUAGAUAUAUUGAUUUUCCCCUCCGGUACGUCUGGGAUUCAGACAGAUUCUGUUCAACGUGGGGACAGAAAUCGACACGGUACUACCUCGGCGCAUGAGUUUGGCCGUAUUCUCGACCAGGAUCUAGUCAUCAUGGUUGUUUUGAUCGCACUCACCUCUGUGAUCUCGGUGAUACUCAUCCUUGCUAUCUGUUUAAUUCGGUGUCGUCAAUUGACCGGAACUCGGCGUGUUCAAAGAACUGUGGUCUGUGGUCCGGUAUCCAUGCAAGCAAUGGAGAAGAAGGCCAUGCCGGAUCGUGGAAAAACGUGGUGGAAUUCCUCUCUCGCAUUCANUUCACCGGGGCAGGAAGCAGGCUCCAAACAUGCCCGAAGUUCCAGACAUGUGUAA